AUGAUCCCAGAUACGGUUUGUGAUUUCGUCAUGUUCAAUGAGGAGCUUCCUAUCUCUAUUCGGUAUCUUCUUGAGUCCGCUGUUCGACACUGUGAUGGUUUUCACAUACGGGAGUCAGAUGUCGAAACAAUUCUAAAUUGGAAAGAAAGUCAACACCGUCAAGCUGAAGUUCCAUUUAAGCCAGCCCGUGUUCUUCUCCAAGAUUUUACUGGAGUACCGGCUAUUGUUGAUUUGGCUUCAAUGAGAGACGCUGUCCAGAAGUUGGGUGGUGAUCCCAGUCGAGUAAAUCCGAUUUGCCCUGUCGACCUGGUCAUUGAUCAUUCGAUUCAAGUGGAUCGUUAUGGAAGCAUUUUGAUUGGUUUGGGACGGGCCAAUGACAAUAUGAACUGCAACGGACAUUAUUUGUGGGGAAUACAAUCUCUUUCCCUUGAUGAUAAAACAUGGUUGCCUUGCAUCCUUGUCAUCCCGUUUGAAAAUCUGCAAGUCAUCCCUCCGGGAGCUGGGAUUGUACACCAGGUCAAUCUCGAAUACCUGUCAAGGACAGUGUUUGUCAGUGAGGAUAAGGUAUUGUAUCCGGACUCUGUGGUAGGUACAGAUUCCCACACGACAAUGAUUGAUGGAAGUGGAGUGCUAGGAUGGGGAGUCGGUGGUAUUGAGGCAGAAGCUGUAAUGCUUGGGCAAGCCAUAUCCAUGGUCAUUCCUGAAGUUGUCGGCUAUGAACUUGUGGGCGAACUUGAUGACACCGUAACUAGCACGGAUUUAGUUUUGACGAUAACAAAGAAUCUUCGUGCUCUUGAUGUUGUUGGAAAGUUUGUCGAAUUCUUUGGGCAAGGAGUUGCUUCUCUGUCUAUUGCCGAUCGAGCUACAAUUGCUAAUAUGUGUCCUGAGUAUGGAGCUACAGUUGGAUUCUUCCCUGCAGACAAGCGAACUGUCGCUUAUCUGAAACAAACGGGUCGUGACGAAACAUAUUGUCAAAGGGUACAGGACUAUUUAAUGAGGAAUAAAAUGUUUGUCGACUAUACUGCGUCGAACAAUAUCGCUUAUACCCAGGUUUUAUCUCUAGACCUAAGUACAAUUGUUCCCUCUGUCUCUGGACCAAAGCGCCCUCAUGACCACAUCAUCUUGUCUUCUCUGCAUAUUGAUUUUACAAAUGGGCUUACUGCUAAAGUUUCCUUCAAGGGUUAUGGUUUGAAACCAACCGACGUGAAUAAGGAAGUUUUUGCCACAAAUAUCGGUAAGAGCGCACCGCUAACUCAUGGUUCUGUUGUAAUUGCAGCCAUCACUUCGUGCACGAACACUAGUAACCCCAGCGUUAUGCUCGCUGCAGGUCUCGUAGCCAAAAAGGCAGUCGAGCUCGGGUUAUCUACUCAACCUUUCACGAAGACAUCGCUUUCUCCAGGAUCUGGAGUUGUUACGAAAUAUCUUGAAGCUUCUGGUCUUCUUCAUUAUCUUGAGAAGCUCGGCUUUCAUAUUGUCGGCUAUGGAUGUAUGACAUGCAUAGGGAACUCUGGUCCUCUUGAAAAUGAGGUCUCAAGAGUUAUUGAAGAGACUGAUCUUAUUGUUGCUGGAGUGCUGUCUGGUAAUCGAAACUUUGAAGGUCGUAUUCAUCCACUAGUCAGAGCCAAUUAUCUUGCAAGUCCUCCUCUUGUUGUUGCUUAUUCGAUAAUUGGUAAUGUGAGCAAGGAUAUCAACAGAGUUAUCGCAAGAACACCAGCCGGUAGAGAUGUUUAUCUUAAAGAUAUUUGGCCAACACGGGAGGAAGUAGCAAGACUCGAAGAGGAGUUUGUGAAGCCACAAUUCUUCAGAGAGGUCUACGCUAACGUAAAGGAUGGGUCAGAGCAAUGGCAAAAACUUGCGAUCUCAGCAGCAAAACUUUAUCCGUGGGAUUCAAAAAGUACUUACAUUAAAAAAGUCCCAUUUUUCGAUAAUAUGACCGUUGACCUUCUGCAACAAACUUCUAUCCGCAACGCAUACGCACUGUUGAAUCUGGGAGAUUCAGUAACAACUGACCACAUUUCACCGGCUGGGUCUAUUUCGAAAACUUCAUCUGCGGCUCGCUAUCUUGCUUCUCGAGGCGUCUCACCGGCAGAAUUCAACACAUAUGGUGCUCGUCGUGGAAACGAUGAGGUAAUGGCACGUGGAACAUUUGCCAAUAUUCGUCUUGUAAACAAGCUCGCCACCAAAGUUGGUCCUUAUACUCUGUACGUUCCUUCAGGAAUGGAAUCAGAUGUCUACGAUGUCGCGAUGAAGUAUGCAGACGAAGGAAACCCUGUUAUCAUACUGGCGGGAAAGGAGUAUGGGUGUGGAUCCUCUCGAGAUUGGGCUGCUAAAGGACCUUAUUUACAGGGUGUCAAGGCUGUUAUUGCUGAAUCGUUCGAACGGAUUCAUCGCUCGAACUUGGUUGGGAUGGGAAUAAUUCCAUUACAAUUCAAAGACGGCGUCAUUUUACCUCUAAAUAUUUAUUGUACAACUAUUCCUGGUUUAGUUGUUUGUCGAUUCGACACUGAAGUUGAACUCACCUACUAUCGUCAUGGUGGGAUUCUACAGUAUAUGGUUAGGAUGCUUCUUCACUAA